AUGGCGCCUGGCGCGAUACCGCCUCGCGACGGGAACUUUACCGAGGACCCUGUCCGUCGUCGAGAGAAGAGCUCUGGCGCCGGCGAGCGCCACAAGAGCGCGAGGAGCGGUGCGUGCGCGCCGGUCGAGCCUUCGCUGUCCACCGCUCGACACGACGCCGUCUCGGUUGGGGACGUGCAGCGCUGCGCCAAGAAGUACCUGUGGGACAAGGACAUCGCGGUUGCGGCGGUCGGUCGCACCGAGGGCUUGAUGGACUACAGCCGCAUGCGGUCUGGCAUGACGUCGCUGCUGUGGUAA